CAGGCUUUCCCGCCCUCCCCCCUCUUUGCCCUUCGAUUUUAUCUUUUUUUUUAUUAGAGGCAGCGCCUCGCCACUGUUCUUGGACAACCGGACGUCGACCGUCCGUGCUCUCGGCGUAUACCAGGCCAGCCAUGUCGUUCUACAACCAGAAGCGUUCCUCCAGCCUCGAUUUCUCCGAUGGCAAGGUGCCUGCGCUGGAGCAGCACCCGGACAUGAACAACCUUGCCUUGGGAGGCAAUCAACCGAGCCACUUGCAACGCAAUAAGACGGAGCGCAGGCGACUCCAGGGACUGCAGAGAUCUAAUACGACCACUUCGCACACGAAGGUCGAGCCGUAUAAGCCUCGCAGCUGGCGCGAGAAAUGGGCACUCUGGAUGAUCAAUGAGGGAGGCAGACGAACGUUCUUCUACGUCUUCAUCUUCCUUCAUGUGCUCGUCCUCGUCCUCGGGACUUUGCACUACCAGCUCAAGGAUAAUCUGAACACCGCGCGUGCUACUUUCGGCGUUACCUUCGUUAUCGCUCGUAGCGCUGCUCUUAUUCUGCAUGUCGAUGUCAUCUUUAUCCUCCUGCCCGUCUGCCGUAACUUCAUCUCCCUCGUCCGGCGCACCCCUCUGAACCAUUACAUUCCCUUCGACAAGAAUAUCACCUUCCAUAAGGUGACCGCCUGGUCCAUCGUCUGGUGGAGUUUCGUUCACAUUGCCGCACACAUGGUCAACUUUACGAAGCUCGCUUUCGCUGACACUGACGCGAAGACCACCGGUCAGCGUAUUGUUGCUUUCUUGGAGGCGAACUUCGCUACCGGUCCUGGUGUGACCGGUUGGAUCAUGACCGCUGCUUUGGGCAUCAUGGUGUGGUUUGCGAUUGAGAAACGCCGCCGUGCGCACUUCGAGUGGUUCUGGUAUUCCCACCACCUCUUCAUCGUCUUCUUCAUCAACUGGCAACUCCACGGCAUGUUCUGCAUGAUCAAGCCCGAUAGGCCUCCGUAUUGCUCGUACAACACUAUCGGUGUCUUCUGGCGUUACUGGCUCGUCGGUGGUGUUAUCUGGAUCUUCGAGCGUAUCCUUCGCGAAGUUCGUUCCCGUCACAGGACCUACAUUCACAAGGUCAUCCAACACCCUUCGAACGUGAUGGAGCUCCAGAUCAAGAAGGAGAAGACCACCACCCGUGCCGGCCAGUACAUCUUCCUCUCAUGCCCCGAGAUCUCCUACUUCCAGUGGCACCCCUUCACGCUUCCCAGUGCUCCGGAGGAGGAUUACAUUUCCGUCCACAUCCGUGUUGUCGGCGACUUCACCAGGGAGCUGGCCGAGGCUGUUGGGUGCGACUUCGACAAGAAGGAGAAGGGCGAGAAAGGUGGUGACAGCAAAGUUGUCGGCACUGCGGCCAACCCUCCACUCAACCGUGUCCUUCCCCGAGUCAUGGUCGAUGGUCCGUUUGGCAGCGCAAGUGAGGAUUUCCUAAACUAUGAGACCGUGCUGCUUGUCGGUGCUGGUAUCGGUGUGACACCGUUUGCCUCGAUCUUGAAAUCGAUUUGGUAUCGCCUGAACAACUUCAACAGCUCGAAGCCCACUCGCCUGUCCAAGGUGUACUUCACUUGGGUCAUCCGUGACUUCGGCAGCGCUGAGUGGUUCCACUCCCUGCUGCACGCCAUCGAGGAACAGGACACCCAGAACCGCAUCGAGAUCAACAUCUACCUGACCGCCAAGAUUAAGGACGACGACAUGACCAACAUUAUUGUCCAAGACGUCGGCGCAGAGAAGGAUGCAAUCACGUCGCUUCGGGCUCCAACUCACUUUGGUCGGCCCAACUGGGAUCGUGUGUUCGGUUCUAUCGCUGAGAAGCAUCCUGAAACCGACGUUGGUGUGUUCUUUUGCGGUCCAGCUGUGCUCUCUCGUCAGCUGCACACAAUGAGCAACAAGUACUCACACCCUAAGGGCACGAGGUUUUACUUCGGGAAGGAGAACUUCUGAUUCGCGAAAGAUCUGGUGGAAGAGAAAGGUCCGAUGCGGCCUAUGUUAUUGCUCUAUAUAUUCUAGCAUUGAUGAUUCGGGGAGGCGGAGCGUAGCUUUGAGCGAGUGGGCAAGUAGAUCGUUGUGCUCGCACAAUAUUCAUUACCUAAGACGCACUGAAAUUCAAGUGGAAUCGCUUUCGCUCUGAGUUA